GUUUGCGUUGCGCAAACCGUAGUUAACCUACAUGUCACAGAGCCGCAUCUCCCGCAUGGAGAUGCCGUCCGCAGACACGCCAAAACCGGCUAAGUCUCAUACGAGCUCCGCUAAAGUCGUACGCACUGCCGGGCUCCCGCGCGGGGCCCCACGCAAGCAUUCGCAACCGCGAUGCGCGUACGGCAUGCCGUAUAAGCCACCUAUCCGCCUUGGGUGCAAGCUCACCCAAGGCCACCCUCGCAAGGCAGGAACACGUAAAGACAUUCACCAGUUGUUUGUUGUGCCUGCCCGCCGCAGAAAUUGUUUGAAAUUGUCUCCUCUAAGCUUCCGUUCUCAGCGAUAGUCUUACACCCACCAUGGCUUUCUCGCAGGCACAAAGGGAGUCUAUCCAGCAGAUCGUGGCAGCAGCCCGCGAGGCUCAGCGGCAACGCACCGGAGAACGCCACGGAGCAAGAGGACGGCUCGCAAGCCGCACGCAUAACAUCCCGCCGGAUGUCCACCUCCCGCUGGAGGAUCGCCUGCAGACACCACCGCCGCAAGCAACGGCUCCGCGAGCCAACGCUUCGCCGCCCGCUGUCUAUUGUUCUGUGUGUCUAUCCAGAGUCGCUAGCCCCACUCGCAUAACAUCCCGUCGGAUGUCCACCUCCCGCCGGAGGAUCGCCUGCAGACACCACCGCGCAAGCAACGGCUCCGCGAGCCAACGCUUCGCCGCCCGCUGUCUAUUGUUCUGUGUGUCUAUCCAGAGUUGCUAGCCCCACUCGCAUAACAUCCCGCCGGAUGUCCACCUCCCGCCGGAGGAUCGCUUACAGACACUACCACUGCAAGCUACGGCUCCGCCGAGCCAAGGCUUCGCCGCCCGCUGUCUGUUGUUCUGUGUGUCUAUCCAGGGUCGCUAGCCCGGCUCGCAUAACAUCCCGCCGGAUGUCCACCUCCCGCUGGAGAAUCGCUUACAGACACUACCGCUGCAAGCUACGGCUCCACCGAGCCAAUGCUUCGCCGCCCGCUGUCUAUUGUUCUGUGUGUCUGUCCAGGGUCGCCAGCCCACUCGCAUAACAUCCCGCCGGAUAUCCACCUCCUUCCGGAGGAUCACUUACAGACACUACCGCUGCAAGCUACGGCUCCGCCGAGCCAAGGCUUCGCCGCCCGCUCUCUAUUGUUCUGUGUGUCUAUCCAGGGUCGCUAGCCCCGCUCGCAUAACAUCCCGCCAGACGUCCGCCUCCCGCUGGAGAAUCGCUUACAGACACUACCGCUGCAAGCUACGGCUCCGCCGAGCCAAGGCUUCGCCGCCCGCUGUCUAUUGUUCUGUGUGUCUGUCCAGGGUCGCCAGCCCCGCUUGCAUAACAUCCCUCCGGAUGUCCACCUCCCGCCGGAGGACCGCUUACCGCCGCAAGCCACGGCUACGCAAGCCAACGCUUACGUGCCACUCCAUGCCUCCACCCGCAAGGCUAAGUAUCUAUGGAUUAGGCCAAUAGCAGAGGCUCCCAGCCCGCGGGGCUGGGGAGGAGGGGGAGAACCUCGGCCAAACCAGUGCAGGAACGCCCCGCCGAGGUCAGGGGGGAGAUCUCCCACUAGCAUAACCCACGGGUCCCCUGCUUACAAUCCGCAGCCACGCCGCCGGGCCAGUGUGUUCCGGGAAGCGGGCCGCCGUUCGGCGACUCGGCGCAGCAUGCAUACACCGCAGCUUGGCCGCCGUGCCAUGCUGCCUGUUUAGGGAAUGUGCACGUGUGUGCAUUUGUGUUGCAUGCGCUUGUGCCUGUGUCCUCCUAGGCUCGCUAGCCGCCGCUCUCUCAGCGCGAGCAGAGCACCUGAUUGCCAACUCGGUAGCCACUGGCACACAGCGCACGUACGCCCCAGGCUGGCGUGCAUUCCUGGAGUUCAUGGGUCGCAUGCGCCGCGACGCACAUCACCCAGAUCAGAACGACGUCAUGCUGUUCGCUGCCGCAAUAUCUCACUCAGUCAGUGCCAGCACUCUGAGAGUCUACCUGGUCGCGGUCAAAUACCACCUCCUCCGCAUGGGAGGCCCGGUCGGGGUUACAUCCUCAAGCCGCAUCACAGCCCUGCUCAAGGGCUUAGAGAGGGAGAGAGCGUCGCUCCCCAGGCAUCCAUCAGCACGCCCUCAGCGCCAAGCGAUCACCGUCCACCAGCUGAAGGCUCUCCGCCAGUUCUUGGAUCUGUCCUUGUACUCCCCGGCAGACAGACUAAGGCUAUGGGCUGCUCUGACGACAGCCUUCCACGGCCUGCUGCGUGUGAGUGAGUACACGUCGCUGUCACCACACGGUCUCGGCGGCUUCAAGACGCUGAGGCGCGAACACCUCCAACUAGCCCAGCAGGAGGCCUCUCUGCAGCUCCAGAGGACAAAGACGCCUCAAUUAACAGCAGGCGGCGAAGUAGCGCUGCACCGCUACGCUGACCCCGCACUAUGUCCCGUCCGAGCCCUGCAGGCUGACGUUCGGUCCAGCAAAUGGAGCAAUGACAAGCAACCCCUCUUCAAGUUUCAGGAUGCUCGCCAUCUCACGCCGAACGACAUCAAUGCUGUCCUACACAAAUGCUGUCCAAGCAUCAGCGGCCAUUCCUUACGCGCCGGGGGAGCCACACACACGGCAGAUCGAGGCGCCCCAGAGUAUGCCCUGACGGCUGCAGGCCGCUGGUCCAUCGUACGUACAUUCGCAGGCCCGCAGGCAUGCCACAGCACUACUAGAGCCUGCAUGUCGCAAGCCACUCGGUACCUUUAUUGGAGGCACGGGUGCUGCCGAUGGGCGCCGCAUAGUGCACGCACAUCGGCACCAUUGAACUAUUCAUGUGUACUAAGAUUUAGUGUUCCGCUGCCAUAGCAACCUAGUAGUACACGUAGCCGUUCCGACGGCGCACGACCCCGCGGGUCGCUUCUGCUGUCCUUGCCUCUCUGAUGCGUGAUAUGCGUACAUCAUUUAUAAUCAUGACCUCAUACUGAGUACAUGUACGUCAUACUUGAUUACCGAUCACAGGCUCAUGAUUAUUCAUGCUGGAAUAAACGCUUGCGACACCCCACAGGCUCGUCUCUCUUGUGUGGCAUGAGGGUUAAAUGUUGGUUUGCGUUGCGCAAACCGUAGUUAACCUACAUGUCACAGAGCCGCAUCUCCCGCAUGGAGAUGCCGUCCGCAGACACGCCAAAACCGGCUAAGUCUCAUACGAGCUCCGCUAAAGUCGUACGCACUGCCGGGCUCCCGCGCGGGGCCCCACGCAAGCAUUCGCAACCGCGAUGCGCGUACGGCAUGCCGUAUAAGCCACCUAUCCGCCUUGGGUGCAAGCUCACCCAAGGCCACCCUCGCAAGGCAGGAACACGUAAAGACAUUCACCAGUUGUUUGUUGUGCCUGCCCGCCGCAGAAAUUGUUUCCCACCCUCCCGCACCGUUUAAAAGGCAGGAGGCACGGGUGCUGCCGAUGGGCGCCGCAUAGUGCACGCACAUCGGCACCAUUGAACUAUUCAUGUGUACUAAGAUUUAGUGUUCCGCUGCCAUAGCAACCUAGUAGUACACGUAGCCGUUCCGACGGCGCACGACCCCGCGGGUCGCUUCUGCUGUCCUUGCCUCUCUGAUGCGUGAUAUGCGUACAUCAUUUAUAAUCAUGACCUCAUACUGAGUACAUGUACGUCAUACUUGAUUACCGAUCACAGGCUCAUGAUUAUUCAUGCUGGAAUAAACGCUUGCGACACCCCACAGGCUCGUCUCUCUUGUGUGGCAUGAGGG